UAGAGAAGUGGUUGGCACAGCAGUUCAGUGUAGGCCACGACGCCGCCGAGUAAGCAGCAGCGCGUAACAUUGCGUCGAGUUGUGCAAGUGUUUGAAGUGACUAUAUAGUGAGAGUUGUUCGUACGUAUAUAGUUGGCGUUUAUACGACGUCCAAAAGUUUGAGCGUGCCGUGCAAUGGAGUGCGACGAAGAAUGCAUCGAUAUCAUGGAUCUUGUUGAUAUCCUUGACGAGAGUGAUUCGAGCGACGGUGACAGAGACUACGAAUGCGCACCCGAAGAAGACUUCGAAGAGGAUUAUUACAGUGAAUUGAAGUUCAUGCGUGGAAAGGUCAAUUGGGACGACGAGGGAAAUCGAGCGCAAUUUUUCCUGCGACUUCGUCGGUUGAUCGUGCACCUGGGCCUGGAGUGUCCGCUUCCGGAUCUCCGUGAGAUUUUACGGCCCGCGGAAAUCGAAUGGCUUCUCGCGCAGGACGUGGAGUGGUCGGAGCGCCUCGGCCCGAACGACUACCGCUACUCCGUCAUCGAAUUCGUGGCCAAGACCGGCUACAAGGAUAUACCCGAAGCGGCCGAUGACGACGGCAGGACAUCGUCGAGUCGCACCACGGUGGUGCAUCUAAUGGCCGAAAGCAUGUCCUAUCGCGCGGACAAAACGGCGUUGUGCGAGCUCUUCGAAAUUUACGACCGGUACGACGUGAAUUACCGCGACGACGACGGUUACACGCAUUUCCACGUGGCCUGCCUGGCGGGAUGCGCCGACGUCGUCGAGAAAUUCCUCGAGCUCGGCCGGGUGGAUCCCAACGAGCUCGUGCCCAAGACCGGCGACUCGCCGCUGUACGCGGCUCUGACGCGGCGCCACAGGGACGUGGUCGAGCUGCUGCUGAGAGCCGGCGCCGAUCCGAACGUCGUCCACGCCACGCACGGAAGGACGCCUCUGCACAGGAUCGUCGACCUGAAAAAUCCACAUAUGAAGAUCGAUUUUCUCGAGAUGUUCUUCGCGAUCUGCCGCGAGAAAGGACAGAGCGUGAAGAUCGACGCGCUGGACGCCAAGGGCCUGUCACCGCUGCACUUCGCCCUGACAUGGCGCCGCCACGCGAGGACGAGCGAGGUGCUGGCAACGCUGGUGGCCAACGGCGCCGAUCCGAAUCUGCCCGGUCCCGCGGGAAAGACACCGCUUCACAUGAUCUGCAGCAACUGGGACGACGCGGAUCACUUGGUCGAGGCGCUGUUCGAGGCCUGCGACAAGAAGCGAGCAGAGGUGCUCGUCGACGCCCUGGACGCCGAGGGCCGGACACCGCUGCAUCUGGCUCUGAGCCUCGGCGAGAAGAAGGUGGCGAGCGCCCUGCUGAAGCGGGGCGCCGAUCCCAACCUGGAGAACGACCACGGCGAGACGGCUCUGCACGUGGUCUGCGCCGACUACCUCGAGUGCGACACGGAGGCCUUGCUGUUCGAGCUCCUCGUCGCGAGCAAGAUACGCAACGUGAACGCCGCCACGAGGUUGGGCAAGACGCCGCUGCACGUGGCGCUGGCGGCCGGCCACCGGCACAUCGUUCGCGCGCUCCUGAUACACGGGGCCGAUCCCAACCAGGCCGACGGCGAGGGAUCGACGCCGCUUCACAUGGUCUGCCAGAUGAAAGUCGAGCACGAGUUGACGGCGAUGCUGUUCGAGCACUGCGAGCCCGGCUAUCUGCCGGUGCAGGUCGACGCCCGGGACAGUCACGGUUGGACGCCGCUGCACUGGGCCGUCUACCUGGGCCACCGGAACUCCGUCCGCGAGCUGCUGGGCUACGGGGCCGAUCCGAAUCUGGCCGACCACCAGGGAUCGACGACUCUGCACGUGUUGUGCCAGCGACCGAACAUCGACGAGUUCGCGCAGUGGUUCUUCGAGAAGUGCGCCGCGCAAGAGCAGGCGCUUCGCGUGGACGCCCGCGACGAGCUGGGCAAUACUCCGCUGCACUACGCCGUGGCCGACACCUGCCAGACGCAGAUCACCCGACUGCUGCUGGAGGCGAGAGCCGAUCCGAAUCUGGCCAACAACGAGGGAUCGAUGCCUCUGCACAACAUCUGCAAGAGGAAGCAGUAUCAGGACGACGAUAGCUUGACGCAGCUGUUCUUCAAAGUCAACCGCAGCGUCCAGCGGCAGUUGCUGAUCGACGCGCGGGACCAUUCGGGCCGAACGCCGUUGGAACUGGCCGUGGCGAAUCAUUUGCCCCACGCGGUCGAGGUGCUCGUGGCGAACGGAGCCGACGUGUCGAGCUUCGUUUUUCCCACCGAGGCCUUCGUCGCCAAGUACGAUCGGACGCAGGGCCUGUGCUACGACGUGACGACGAUCAAGUCUCUGAGAUCCAUCGGCCAUCUCGGGAGAUUGCACUACUUGGACCCGAGCGACGGCCUGAGGAUCGUGGGUCUGUUCGCCGAGCACGGACUGCUCGACGAGUCGGACGAACUCGAACGAUGCUUGGACGAAGACGAGGACUUCGCGAACAGAGCGAGGGCCAUCAUGAUCAAUUCGGACCUGUCGCUCCACGACCUGAUCCGGCUGCCGCGUGGAAAGGCGGCGAGAGGAUUCACGUACGAGGACUACUGCGCGUUCGCGAACUCGAUUGGCUGGGGCAAUUGUCCCGCGAUAUAUCGCGAGGCCUGCGACACGUUUCUGUGCCAGUCGAUGGCCAGAAGAUACUUCCAGCGAUGGGCUUCGCAAUAUUUGAUGUUGCUGAUUCAUUCGCGCUUGCCGCUUCUCUGCUGCGAUUUGAUCGCCGAGCAUCUGGACUUGACGGACGUUUGGUCCAUUUGCCAGGCGGCCGAUAAUAUGAAUCGAUCGUGAUCGCGAAGAGCUCUUCGAAAUGACUGAAUUUACCAGUGAGCGUUAAUAACUAAAUAAAGCUGUUGUAAAUAUUUUAUAAAGCGUUUUAUAAAGUAUUGUAAAUAUUUCGGUGAAAUAGGUGUUAAUAUUUUUAUGUG